UGGGCAUGUACUAUAUAUACAUUCACCUUUUUUUGGAUGUUGGCCUUUACAAACCUAUCAUUUACAAAAUUAUUUUGCUUAUUUGCCUUUCUACAACUGAGGAAUUUAUCUCUGCAUCUGAAGCAGACGUGAUGACUUCAAAUGAAACUGGCACUGAGAAUGUGCUUCUUUGCUAUCCACUCCUGCUGGAUUCCUGUCCUAAAGUACAACGUCUUGCUGUAAUUAAAGUGGCAAUGUAUGUUUUCAUGGUGCUGAUGAUCCUCACAACAGUUUUUGGGAAUCUGCUGAUCAUCAUCUCCAUCUCUCACUUCAAACAUCUACAGUCUCCAACUCAUCUGAUCGUUCGCUCUCUGGCAGCUUGUGAUUGUCUGCUGGGCUCUUUUGUCAUGCCGUACAGCAUGGUGCGAUCUGUUGAAGGCUGCUGGUAUCUGGGAGAUGUUGUGUGUAAAGUGCAUUCUAGUUUAGACAUGACCUUCAGCAUUUCUUCCAUACUGCAUCUCAGUUUAAUAGCUAUUGACAGGUACUGGGCCAUUUGUGAUCCUUUAAGGUACAACAUGAGGGUCACAAACAACACUGUGACUGCAUUUACUACCUUCACAUGGCUGUUUUCAUUUGUGUACAGUUUUUCUAUUGUGUUCUCAGGAGUAAAUGCAGUUGGACUAGAGAUGCUUAUAUUACAGGUUUACUGUGUGGGAAGUUGUGUUCUGUUUUUUAACAAACAGUGGGGCCUUAUAUGUCCAAUUCUCACAUUCUUUCUUCCUGGGUCGAUCAUGACCUCUCUGUAUAUGAAAAUCUUCCAUGUUGCAAGAAAACAUGCAAAGGUUAUGUCAGAAAGAGUGACCGUGGCAGCAACAGGAGUGUUAAAGAGCCAAAGUUCUGCACACAGAGAGAGAAAAGCAGCAAAAGCUCUGGCCAUUGUCAUGGGUGUUUUUUUGCUCUGCUGGCUGCCUAUUGUUACUGCUGCUGCUCUCAAUUCUUUUUUCAAAUUUUUAACCCCCACUGAUGUUUUUGAGGCUUUGUUUUGGUUUGCAUAUUUGAACUCUACUUGUAAUCCUUUGAUUUAUGGAUUUUUCUACCCUUGUUUUCAGAAUGCAUUUAAGAUUCUUAUAUCCAUCUAUAUCUGUGGCAUCAAGGAUUCAAACACAUUGACUUUUGAAUGAACGCUGUUCACACUUAUUUCAGACAUCACAAUAAAGUUUUUUUUUUUUUUUCCUGUAAUUCCUUUAUAUCCUGUAGUUCAUUUUUUAAAAUUUGUCAGUAAACUUCUGGUUGUCAUCGUGAUACUAAAACCUGUUGCAUGUGAAGCACUAUGAGAUCAUAAAAGCUUAUGAACAUGCACCUGAAGUAAGUACCCAUAUGGAUGAAUAAUGCUCAAAAUGUACAACAAGCCUAUGCAAAAUGAGACCUUCAUGUCGUAUCCAUUUUAAAGUAUUUUCUUUAAUAGAAAAGGGGAAUGGCUAGACACAUUAGUUUACAAAUACUAAACACCAGAAAAAGCAUGCCAAAAUGCAAAGCAAAAUGGCUUACAGCACCUAUAAUCAGAGGUGGCCUCAGGGCACAAAAUAAAACAAAACCUAACAAAAAGAAUUGCUACCCCAAACAAUCCCAGUUAUAAAAUAUAAAUGUAAGCAAUAUUUUUUUGUAGACUACCAUUUUACCUGCUUCACUUAUAUGACAAGAUAUACGGUAAAAAAAUAUUGGCAAAAACAACAACAACAAAACACAUCUGCUGCACAGCUGCUCGCUGUGUAGUCACCUAUCACUAUAAUGAACCAGUUCUUUUUGGUGGGUCAAAAACACACAGAACAACCCAGGGCGCAAUUUUAGGGGGGAUGGGGGGAUGGCAUCCGCCUUGUUGAAAAAAAAUUACAAAAAGCCACUUUUACCUUUAUAUUAAUAGUGUUAUGUAUAUUUUGUCAAUCUUAUCUUAAUUCUCUGUAUGAUAAUUAACAAACUAUAAAUAACAGCGAUUGACCAAUCAGAACUCAGUAUUGUAACGCGCUGCACACAGUCACGCCAGAGCUCUGAUUCAAGCAAGCUUUUGUCCUUUUUAAUGCUUGUUCAACAGGAAUCAGGAGAAUUGUUAAAAUUAA